AAAUUAUGUUCAACUGAAACAGCUAUGUGAAACAGACAAAACACCGACACUAUUUCAGAAGAGUGAGAAAAUGGACUUCACAUUCACUUCAUGAAGACUUUUCUCCACUGAAUGACAGGCGUUUUAGUUGAACAGCCAGAGGACAGCCAGAGGACAGCCAUGGACGCCCUGCUUGUCAGAGGAUCACAACUCUCCCCAGAGAAACCCUUUGACCAGAAAGUGGACCUCAGAGCAGAGAAACGUGAAUACCUGCGAGGACGUAACAACGUGACUUCAUGUCGCAGCCCAACAAGAGAGCUGAACACCAGACUGAUCAAAAAUGAACUGAAGGAAAAGAGGCAUCUUGAAUUCCUCAGGAGGAGAUCAGUGAGCCCAGAGCCGUGUGGUGAAAAUAUUUCCAACUAUUCUUCCAGGAGGAAACUUUCACCAAACACGUUUUCAUUGAAACAUUACAGUUCAUUCAGCAAGUCAGAGACAUUGCAUACAAACAUCCAAAAUACUCCCACUGCUAAUGGAAGGCUUCCAAAGAUUAUUUUAACACCCAACAGCAAAAUAUCUGAUGGCCCAAGCACCAGCAACUGGGCUGCAUUAUGGUCAGAACAGGUAACACUAAGGCAGGAGAAAGGCAGCGCUAGAAGUCCAGCAUCUACCUCUCCACCAGAUAUAAAGGAAACAACCCAGAGCAGGACGAAAGGCACAGAUAAAAGAGAGACUAUAAAUGGUCAAAAUACAAACAUCAAAACAUUCAUCCAAACAGAAAAGAUCCACAAAAAAUUCAUCAUGAAAACUGAAAAUAUUCUGCAAAAGAAGAUAAUGCACGAGUCCAGUGUGCAGACUUUGUCUGGUUUUGUCACUGUGAAAGAGUCAGAUCUUCAGAGGUUGACUGACUACUUGCAGGAGGCCCUGUGGAGAGAGGAGGCUGUGAGGAAGAAGCUAGCAGCCCUCCAGGAGAGCACAUCAAACCUCGUGAACUCCUCCAGCAAAAUAUGGACGGCUCGCUGCUCUGAAGACCUGCUGAGAAACAAGAUCAAGGCUCUGGAGGCGCAGCUGCAAGUCAGCCUGCAGAAGUUUCCCAAGGAUGGAGUGAAGAGACUGGUGAUACAGAUGGAGAAGCAGAAAAUGGUGUAUGAGGAGAGUGCACUGGUCACACUGCAGAAGGUCACACAGGAGAAAACUGAGGCGCUUUGCAAGGCUGAGACACUGCAGGAAGCGCUCAUAAAAGUAAACGCAGAGUCACUGAGGUGGCAGGACCUUUAUGAGGAGCUGAAGCUGAACUCUGUACAACUCAGGGAGAACCAACGCCUCAGUGAGGAUCAACUGCAACAGCUGCACAGCCAAGCGGAGCUGUCUAGAGGCAGAGAGUCCGGGCUGAGCCAGGAGGUGGUGUCAUUGAGACAGGAGAAUAAGGACCUACAGUACAACGCUUCCCUGCUGGAAGAGGACAACCAGACCUUAAGAGAGGAAAUUCAGGACCUCAGAGAUGUCAGCAAUAAGAGCCAGGACUUGAUGAUGCAGGAGCGUGUGAUGUCAGAGGAUGCAGAGACACGACAGGCGGAGAGGAGGGACUCUGAGGUGGAGAAAGAGCUCCGUCACACUCAGGAGAAACUCCAAAUCAAGGAGAGAGAGUGCGAGGAGCUGCAGACAGAGCUGCAUUCCGUGGAGCAGGAGUGUAAGUCCAGCCAGGCCCGGCUGUCGCAGUGCAGGGACGAGCUCCGGCAACUCAGCCAUCACCGCAGGAGACCGACGCGGUGUGGCUCCUGCUGGAGGGUGUGUUUGUUCCUCCUAUUUCUCCUGGCUGUGACGGGGGUUGCCAUGUUGUGGCUGUGGCAUCCUCCUUUCAGGGAGCAGGUUAAAGACCUGUACUCAGACAUAGAAACACGUAUCGAAGACUAUCUCAUGGACAUGGCCUCUCCUCAACACUCAGGCUGUUUUAGACCCAUAUGAUGUCAACAUUAUUUUAUUGUCGUUUUUUUGGUUGCUUUUGAUUAUCUUUUUCUUCUUCUAUGUAGGAUGCAUUUAGUUAAUAUUUUUGGAUUUGAUAAAAAUGUUUGACUUGGA